UUUCCAAAUCAUGCCCAUCAUCACUUCACUCCUGUCUCCUUGAACUACUGUGUCUCUACGCCUCUCUCUCUCUCUCUCUACGCCUCUCAGUGCUGCUCCAGCUAUCUUCAGAUAAGAGGGAAAUGUUCUUUCAUAUUCCUCUAGAGCAUGAGAUUUUGCUCCAUCCUCGUUACUUUGGGCCCAAUCUCCUGGACACGGUCAAGAAGAAGCUGUUUACAGAGGUGGAGGGCACCUGCACUGGCAAGUAUGGGUUUGUGAUUGCAGUGACGACCAUUGAUAAUAUAGGAGCAGGUGCUCUUCAAACUGGCCGUGGAUUGGCUCUCUAUCCCGUCAAGUAUAGGGCUAUAGUGUUUCGGCCUUUCAAGGGUGAGAUUCUGGACGCCAUAGUGACCCAGGUCAACAAGGUGGGGUUGUUCACUCAAAUAGGACCUCUCUCCUGCUUCGUAUCUAGACAUUCUAUUCCCCCUGAUAUGGACUUUGACCCCACUACCACACCUCCCUGCUACAGAACUGAAGACUCAGACGCUGUGAUCCAGGAGGAUGACACUAUUCGACUGAGGGUGGUGGGUACUCGAGUGGACGCUAAUGAUAUCUUUGCUGUCGGGUCAAUCAUGGACGACUAUCUCGGGAUCAUCAGCCCCUAAGAGCCUGAACUGGACAACACUCUUAUUAAUUAUACGCAAUUCACUUUCUUUCUCUAAUUUGUUUGUUAUUGAGUGUCUUCUUUUAUGUGGUGUGUUCUCAA